AUGGAUUGUGUAGCUCAAUUUGUGAAGGUUGUAUUGACAUGUGGCAAUGGCAACAAUGACACCAACACAAAAUCUCAAAAUAAUUUGAUCAAAGUGAAAGCUAUUGUCACUUUGAAACAUAGUGAUGAUGGACUUCUACCCAAUCUUGUAGAUGAUGGGAUCCAAAAGAUUGAAGAGUUGGUUGGAAAAACACUUGUCUUGGAGCUUGUGAGUAAUGAAGUUGAUCAAGAAGCAAACUCGGAGAAGGAAAUGGUAAAAGGCUCGGCUCAAUGUAUAGAAGAAAAAGACGAUGAAGAGCGGUAUGAGGCAGAAUUUGAGUUAUAUAAAGAUUUUGGGAAGGUUGGUGCUAUUCUCAUUGAGAAUGAGCAACACAAGGAGGUGUUUCUGAAGACUAUAGUCCUUCAUGGUUUCCCUGAUGGUCCUCUCAAUUUCACUUGCAAUUCCUGGAUUCAACCUAAGAAUGAUAGUCCUGAUGAGAAAAGAGUUUUCUUCACCCACAAGCCAUAUUUGCCUUCUCAAACACCAAGAGGGUUACAAAGAUUGAGAAAACAAGAGCUAAUUUUACUCAGAGGAAACGGCGAAGGAGAAAGAAAAGACUCAGACAGAAUCUAUGACUAUGAUGUCUACAAUGAUCUUGGUGAUCCUGACACCAACAUUGAACUCAAAAGACCUAUUCUUGGUGGCUCCAAACAAUAUCCAUAUCCAAGACGGUGUCGCACCGGUCGAAAACAUUCUGAUGCAGAUCCAAGGUAUGAAACAAGGAGUAGUUUAAACUUCUAUGUUCCACGUGAUGAAUCAUUUUCUGAAACAAAGCAAACACAAUUCAAUACUUCCACCAUAACCUUAGGAAUAACUGCAGCUAUUCAAUCCUUAGAUACAAUCCUCACUGAUCCAAAUCUUGGAUUUGCAAGCUUUGAAGACAUAGAAAAAAUUUACAAACAAGGAUUUCAAUUACCACCUUUUAAAUCUAAUGACUUAACAUUUCUUCAAAAAGUCAUUCCAAAGUUAAUCCAAGUUGCUAAUGAUAGCCAAAAUCUUUUGCGAUUUGAUGCCCCCGAACCAUUCAAAAGAGAUAGAUUCUUUUGGUUUUCAGAUUUGGAGUUUGCUAGAGAAACUUUGGCUGGUGCCAAUCCACAUAGCAUUCAAUUGGUCAAGGAAUGGCCUUUGAAAAGUAAACUAGAUGCCAAAAUCUAUGGUCCACCAGAAUCUGCAAUUACUAAAGAAAUCAUUGAACAACAAAUAAUCACUUAUAGCACAUUUGAAGAGGCUAUUAAAGAAAAGAAGUUAUUCAUGCUAGACUAUCAUGAUUUAUACUUACCAUAUGUAAGCAAAGUGAGAGAAGUUGAAGGAACAACACUAUAUGGAUCAAGAACACUAUUCUUUCUCACCAAUCAAGGCAUAUUGAAGCCAAUAGCUAUUGAGCUCACUAGACCCCCUAUUGAUGGCAAGCCACAAUGGAAGAAAGUUUUCACACCUUCUUCUCAUUCCACCAAUCUCUGGCUUUGGAGGCUUGCGAAAACUCAUGUUCUUGCGCAUGAUACCGGUCAUCAUCAACUUAUAAGCCAUUGGCUAAGAGCUCAUUGUGUUGUGGAACCUAUUAUAAUUGCAACACAUAGACAACUCAGUUCCAUGCAUCCAAUUUAUAGAUUAUUGCAUCCACAUCUAAGAUAUACCUUGGAAAUCAAUAAGGUUGCUCGUGAAGUGCUUAUUAAUGCAAGUGGAAUCCUUGAAAUAUCAUUUUUUCCUAAAAAGUAUACGAUGGAAUUAAGCUCUGUGGCGUAUGAUAAGCUUUGGCGAUUUGAUACACAGGCGCUACCAAAUGACCUUAUCAAUAGAGGAAUGGCUGUGGUAGAUUCUAAAGCACAACAUGGCCUUAAGCUAGCAAUUGAAGACUACCCUUUUGCCAAUGAUGGUCUUCUCAUAUGGGAUGCUAUUAAACAGUGGAUCACAGAUUAUGUCAACCAUUACUAUCCAAGUCCAAAUAUAAUAGAAUCUGAUCAAGAGCUUCAAGCAUGGUGGACAGAAGUUCGAACAAAGGGUCACGGCGACAAAUCUGAAGAACCAUGGUGGCCAAAACUCAAAACACAAAAUGAUCUUAUUAACAUCAUUACCACUAUAGCUUGGGUAGCAUCUGCACAUCAUUCAGCUGUAAACUUUACACAAUAUACAUAUGGAGGUUAUUUCCCUAAUAGACCAACAAUUGCUAGAAACAAAAUGCCUACAGAAGAUCCUACAAAAGAAGAAUGGGAAAAAUUUAUGAACAAUCCAGAGCAAACACUUUUGGAGUGUUUUCCAUCACAAAUUCAAGCAACCUUAUUUAUGGUUAUUUUGAACGUAUUAUCAGAACAUUCACAAGAUGAAGAAUACAUUGGACAAAAAAUGGAGCCAUCUUGGGGUGAGAAUCCAACUAUAAAAGUAGCCUUUGAAAAGUUUCAUAGAAGAUUGAAAGAGAUUGAAGGUAUUAUAGACUCAAGGAAUGCAAAUAUGAAUUUGAAGAAUAGAUAUGGUGCUGGAAUAAUGCCUUAUGAGUCAUUAAAGGCAUUUUCAGGACCUGGAGUCACUGGCAAAGGAGUCCCAUAUAGCAUAUCCAUUUAAAAGUUCAAAGGUUCUUCAUAUCCUAUAAUUUUUAUGUGAGAUUUGAACUGUGCUAUAAUAAAUUAUUGUACAUUUGUUGUUAAUUUAAUCAAGAAUAAAGAUGCAAGUUGUUAUGAAUCAAAAUAGCACAUGUGGCAAUAUAUUUGACA